AUGGAUUUAAGAAUAGCUAAUUCGAUUGCUCGUAUUGCUGAAGCAAAACCAACGACAGUAGAUGGUAUUCAUAAACAAGAGCAGCGCCGAGACCAACAUCGUAAUAACCCAGGCGAUGGUAAUAAUGCACAACAAUAUACUGGAUCGUGUAGCGGUAGUGGUAUAAAACAACAAGUAAAUCGAAUGAAUGAGGAACGAAAUGAAAGACGUUUUGGUGCUAACUCAGUACGACAAUAUCAAUCGGAUGAUAAACGAAAUCCAGUAACACCAUUAAAUCUUGCACCACAAUGUGUAUGUUUUAAAGCAUCAACAACUAAAAAGAAACCUGAAGAUGAUCGUGCAAAUAUGAAUUGA